UUCGAACAUUAAAAUAAAAAAAGACAAAUCGACUGUAUUCACGCUGUUCAAGCCCGACUAAAUCGGAGCAAAUGUCAGCUGUAUACAAUUGUUAUAAAUUUAAUAUUGGCGGCUCCAUUUCCAUUUCAACAUUCUCAAUCUCAAGUAAAAAGCAGCCUCAUUUUCUAGUUCCAUCGCCACUGCCACAUCGUCUGCUUCAUUCUCCGAUUUGUAAUCGUAAAUCUCCUGUUAUUUACUUAUCUUCUAUCUCAGAUAUGGAUGCCACAGCCGGACAGAGUCUGUACCCGCUGCACCGUACCAAAACUCUUCACCUGGUGAGGCAUGCACAAGGGAUUCACAAUGUAGAAGGAGAGAAAAACCAUGAUAAUUAUUUAUCUGAAACACUUUUUGAUGCUUAUUUAACUCCUCUUGGUUGGCAGCAGGUUGAUAACCUGCGCAAGCAUGUUCGAGAAAUUGGGCUUAAUAAGAAAAUUGAAUUGGUCAUUGUUUCCCCUUUGUUGAGGACCAUGCAAACUGCAGUAGGAGUAUUUGGUGGUGAAGGGUAUACAGAUGGCAUAAAUGUCCCUCCGUUGAUGGUGGAAAAUGCAGGGAAAAGUAACCAUCCUGCAAUUUCAAGCUUAAACUCCCCUCCUUUUGUUGCUGUUGAGCUUUGUCGAGAACAUUUGGGAGUUCAUCCUUGUGACAGAAGAAGAAGCAUCAGCGAGUAUCGGCCUAUUUUCCCGGCAAUUGAUUUUUCACUGAUUGAAAGUGAUGCCGACAUUUUGUGGACUGCUGAUGUCAGAGAAGAGAAUGCACAUGUUGCGGCAAGGGGGCAGGAGUUUUUGAAAUGGUUGUGGACAAGGAAAGAGAAGGAGAUUGCUGUUGUUUCACACAGUGGAUUCCUGUAUCAUACUUUAAGUGCAUUCGGUAAUGAUUGUCAUCCAACUGUGAAAAGUGAAAUUUGCACACACUUUGCUAACUGUGAGCUUAGAUCAAUGACUUUUGUCGAUAAAGGCAUGCUGGGGUCAGAUCCUGCGGUCACUAAUUACCCUGGAAAAAUUCCUACUGGCCUUGAUCUCCCAAGUGAUGUUGCACAGGAGAAGCAUCCAUAGAGAGAUAGGUCCAGAUAAUUAUUCAUAGUAAACGGAUAAACUCUGUUCUGGUUUACGUAAUGUCCUACAGAAGAUCUGGGUCAUCAAACUUUUUGGGAGCUCACUAGCUCCACUAGGAAAUUUGGGAUUUCUUUUUAAAUACUAACAUUUAUGUUUCGAGACCCUGUUUAGAUGGCUUCAAAUAAAUAUGAUAUAAUUAUUGUUUAUGAUUGAUGGACAGAGAAGAAAAACUUGUUCUUUUAUUUAUAAAUUCUAUUUCUUUA